CCAACGCCGACAGGUAUAUACACCCUCAAUAACUUGCUGCUCUACGAUGCGUUCCCCUGGUUGCGUGGCGCUUGGAGCAUGGGUGGGACUGCUGGGAUGCCGCGGCACGCAGGCGUUCCUUGGUGCUGCUUCGCCCGCUACUACAACGAGCACGCGCAGCACCGCAUAUCAGGCCUCCUGCGGUCAUGCCCCGCGCAACAACCAGCUCUCCGCCUUGGGGAGAAGUAGAGCCCUCCGCAUGUCCGGCGACGACGAGAGCAAGCCGGCGGUGGCGGGGCCGAUGCCCGAGACGGAGCAGCAGAAGGUACCGAGCGUGACGGAGAUGAUGGACAAGGCGGCCGAAGACGACUUCGUCGCCAGAGCCAGCGCAAGCAGCAGCGGCGGGGGAGUCAUGGGCCCCUCCAAGCCGCCGGAGGAGUACAAGCGGAAGGAGAGGGAGAGCUUCGAGCUCAACAAGAAGCCCGAAACCAACCAGUGGGCCUCCGGCGCCUUCAAGAGAGGGCUCGCGCUCCAGGCGGUGGUGUUGUCCUUCGUGAUCUUCCUCUCUUUCCAACCCGAGGAGGUCGGGAACCUGGCCGUCUGCGCACCAUUCACGCAUCCCGGCGGCUGCGUGAGCUUCGGGGAGUGGGUUCAGGUCGUGUUCUUCGGCGCCCCGAUCCCCCCCAUGUAGUGUGAUUUUGGCAUUCUUUUUUUG